CGACAAACCGCUUCCAGCUCAAAUCCACCAACUCCACCCUACAGUCAGAAGAACGGCGGCUCUCCCGAGGAGACGAGAAAUCGCGUCACAGCUUCUUCUUCUUCUCUUUCUUUUUGUUGUGUGUCGGUCUUUUUAAAUCCCCUUUAUUCUUUUAUUCCUGGAAUUCGGGACGGUUGGAACUGGAGUCACGCUCCGUUAUACAGGUCGCGUUGCCGUCAAACCUCCCGCCUGAAACUCGCCUCCUUUUAUAUUUCGCGGCAAAAUCUGACCUCCAGCGAUGUUUCCCGGGGUGACCGCAGGCUACACCUACGAGGACUGCAGUGCCACGGCCGACUGGCUGCUGGCCCAGACGGCGGUGCGCCCACUGGUGGGCAUCGUGUGCGGCUCGGGCCUGGGCGGGCUGGCUGACAUGCUGAAGGACCAGGUGGCCUUCAACUACAAGGACAUCCCCAACUUCCCCCAGAGCACCGUGCAUGGCCACGCUGGGCGGCUGGUGUUCGGGAUGCUGAAGGGGAGGCCGUGUGUUUGCAUGCAGGGACGCUUCCACCUGUAUGAGGGCUACCCCGUCCAGAAGGUCACGUUGCCCAUGCGUGUCUUCAAACUGCUGGGCGUGGAGACGGUGAUUCUCACCAACGCGGCCGGAGGUCUCAACCAGGACUACAAGGUCGGAGACAUCAUGAUCAUGAAAGACCACCUCAACAUGCCCGGCUUCGCGGGCAACAACCCGCUGGUGGGGCCCAACGAUGAGCGGUUCGGCGUACGUUUUCCGUGCAUGUCGGACGCCUACGACCGGGAGCUGCAGCAGCUGGCAGCCGACUUGGGACAGGAACUGGGCUACAGGGACUUCCUCCGGGAGGGUGUGUACUGCGUGCUGGGCGGGCCGUCCUUUGAGACCAUCGCAGAGUGCCGUAUGCUGAGCAAACUCGGGGCUGACGCCGUCGGUAUGAGCACCGUCCAUGAGGUGAUCGUGGCUCGCCACUGCGGCAUGCGUGUCUUUGGUCUCUCCUUGAUUACCAACCUGUCCGUGAUGGACUACGACAGCGCGGAGAAAGCCAACCAUGAGGAGGUCCUGCAGACAGGCAAGCAGAGGGCGGAGCAGCUGGAGCGGCUGGUCUCCACCAUGGUCACCAAAAUCGAACAUAACAACAACUUUGCUUAAAGUCGGCAUCGCCUUGUCAUCUCCUCCCCCCCUCCCCCGUCAUGUUGUGCACCUAUUCAGCCUCUUGUGGUAGAAGAAAAACCAGUUGUUAAAAACGCAAUUUACAACAAAAGUCUAAUCACCUUAACUUCCUCUAAAACCGCUAAGUUUUUGUCAUUGUGUCACCGAGUCCCAGCAGGCGGCCGAGCAGCAGCCAGUAAUAUCGUCAGAUGUUUUGUACCGUCCAAUCAAAUCCCACCCCUCCCUACAUUUAGUCCCGCCCUAAUGUCCUGUUUCACUCAGAAAUAGAUACGUCACACCACCGAAGCUGAACACGACAGGACACGACAUGACAGGACACGACAUGACAUGACACGACAUGACACGACAUGACAGGACACGACAUGACAGGACAUGACAUGACAGGACACGACAUGACACGACAUGACACGACAUGACAGGACACGACAUGACAGGACACGACAUGACAUGACACGACAUGACAUGACACGACAUGACACGACAUGACAUGACAGGACACGACAGGACAGGACAUGACAUGACAGGACACGACAUGACUCGACAUGACACGACAUGACAGGACACGACAUGACAUGACAGGACACGACAGGACACGACAUGACACGACAUGACAUGACAGGACACGACAUGACAGGACACAACAGGACAUGACACGACACGACAUGACAGGACAUGACAGGACACGACAUGACAUGACACGACAUGACAGGACACGACAUGACAGGACACG